AUAAUAAACAAACUUCCUACCAUACGAUUUGCGGAAGUUGAGUUCGUUUGGAGGAGAUAUUUUGAGUAUUUAGCGUUGCGAGAAAUCUGGUGAGGGUUAAUUUCUCUUUUGGUUACCAGAAGUCCGGGUAGUCGUAUAGAACCUUCUACUCGCUUCCACAACUACCGCUUGUAAUCUGCUUUGCGAUGGCGGAAGAAAAUGGAGGAGGAGCCACCGCCACCACCACCGGCAACAACGAAGUUGAAGAUGCUGGUGCCGGUACCAUUAAGAUCAAAGUGACUUAUGGUUCCAACAAUUUCGACGUCUUUAUCCCACCUCAAUCCACUUUCGCCGAUUUGAAAAAGGUGAUUGCAAAAGCAACUGGUUUAGAGCCUGAGGUGCAAAACUUGUUAUUCAGAGGAAAAGGAAAAGAUGACCAUGAAAGCUUGCAUAUGGCAGGUGUGAAGGACAAUGCAAAGGUGAUAGUAAUGGAAAAUUCACCUAGCAAAGACGAGGAUCUUGCAAAGGUUGAAGAAGUGAAGGAAAACGUUGAGGAGAUAUCAAGAGGGGUUGAUGCUGUUCGGAUAGUAAGGGAGGAAAACGAUCAGUUUGCAGAACAGGUGGCUAGCUUAGAGGCCGUUGUUGGUUCUGGGACUCAGGUGUCAGAUAAAGAUUUUCUUUUCUUAACCGAGAUGCUCAUGAGGCAGUUGCUGAAAUUGGAUGGAAUUGAUGCUGAAGGAGAAGGGAGAAUACAAAGAAAAUCGGAGGUACGUCGUGUUCAGGGACUGGUUGAGAAAUUAGAUAAUCUUAAGGCAAGGAACUCCAAUCCAAGUACGGAUGUUCCAGAAACAGCUUCUGGUGAAGCUUCAAUGGAAUCUUCUACUAAGGUGACCGAAAAAUGGGAAGUAUUCGAAUAGUUAUCAUCCAUGCAUUUGUGUUCUUACUCAUCCAGAUUACAGAUAUCAAGUAUUCAUGUCAAUUUUGCUCUAUAUCUUGCAAUUGCAAGAACCCUAAACUCAAUGUUUUUGUGCUAUUAAACGAAUAUGAUUCAGAACUGGUUGAAGUAAUUCAAAUGAAUAUAUACAUUACUAUCUCCUGUUUGUUUC